AUGAAGAAAAGGAGCGUGGAGGAAAUCCUCGGUAGCGGCGUAUUUCCUGGACCAGGCGGCGAGGACGAUUUUCUGGAUCUUCCUCUUGAUCAUGGUCCUGGUGAUUGUGUACCACGCGGAGGUUAUCAAAGUGGGAAACUGUGCUCUACUUCCUCCUCCUCGAGACAUCAUGAUCGUUCAGAGGAUUUUUAAGGGUACUUAGUUGUUCACCAUCCCAAAUGGGGAGGGACUAUGCUAAGCUAAGUGGCGCCCCCCUUGAUUAUUUAAAGGUCUAAGUAGAAUAAGGGGGACGCAGGGCAUCCCGCUCGACUCGGUAUGGUGAAAAACUACCGCUAAGACCUGGACAAAUUCGGCCACAAGAAUUUACUAGAUCACGACGAUUUCUAUGAUGGAGGCGAAGCAGAUGAUGACGAAGACGACUAUUUUUAUCGAAGGAGGCCUGGAGCUGGAUCAGGCGGAAAAUUUUCCACGGCUGGCACAACUACAACUACAAAGAGAGCUACAACAGGGGAUCUAUCUACAAAGGGCUCAUCGUCGUGUAGUACGACUACGAGCAAGCCGAAACGUCCUGCACUGAAGGUUCUAAGUGAAGAAGAACUUGCUCAUUGGACACGAGGCUUCAAUACGACUGGCGUGAUUUUUGGGCAUCACUUUGGUGUAGGCCAUGAAGACGGCGGGCGGUUCGACGACGACUUCCCUCAAGAAGAGAGACUUCCUACGUUUGGUAAGUACAGGAGCAGGAAUAGUUUUGGGGACGGAGAGAGACUCACAUAUAACAAGUACGGG